CAUCAACUUCAGCCAAAAGAAGUCCGCAGCGCUAGGCAAAGCUCGUGGUCGCGCCUAUAUUCAAACAUGUCCUUUUUCGUCCCCCUCUGCUUUGAAUUUGGCAGCGACAGAAAUCCCUGUAGAUGCAGGAUCCUGGGUCCAACGCUUGGAUUCGUUGCAAUGAUUCUUGUUGCCAUCAUUGCAUGGCCCGCUGGAGUGAUUGUUAUGUGCUGCAACCGGGACCAGGCCAACAAGCUAUUUGGCGCUCCAGCAGAAGCGAAUGGACAGGUUGGCAAUUUGAUACCGUUCUAGCACCCGGCAUUGAUGUCUGUGUGAGAACGCGAUACACUUCAUACCAAGCAAGUCCUGUUCUCGACUACGGCCGCAACGCGACACCCUAUGUCUUGAGCAUUCUACAUAGAGUCAUGGCUCUGACCGUUUGUGCUACCCUUGCCCGCUACCCAUGCUCUAUAUUGCCAUUUCUGCAU